CAGGUACGGAGAGACAGAGAGAGAGAGGGGGGGUGGGGGGAGGUUUAGGGAGGUAGAAGGGGGCGGAGAUUCAGACGGAGCCGCUUCCCACCGGACUGGUCCCGGACAACAAAUGGCCGUGAACCGCCAGAGAGGGGGAGUGUGAUCUCUCCUGUCUCCUGUCUCCUCUCUCCACCACAGCGAGAGCCGCCUCCAUGCGCGCGUCGUAGGGAGCGCGCUCUCCAUCCCGCAUCCUUUGAUUCCUCGCAUCCAGCCGGCGGAGGGAUGGCAGAGUCCCGCUGACACCACGGAGAGAUACACGCUGAGACCGAGCAUGGCCGUGGACGCGGCGUCCAGCUUUAGCUUCUGCAGCGCCUCCCUGGAGCACACGGCGUCCGCCGAGGAGCUGAGCUACCAGCUGCCGCGUCGCGCCGGAGGCAGCAACCUGACCUGGCACGACGGCCGCGGCCAGAGGACGCCGGCGCACGCGCGCACCGUCAAGCUGCUGCAGCAGCCCGGCACGGAGGGCGUCCAGCUGCGUCCGGGCGAAGCCUUCACCGUGUACCACACCAGCCCGACUCUGUCCAGUCUGUCCAAGCCCGUGGUGCUGUGGACCCAGCAGGACGUCUGCAAGUGGCUUAAGAAACACUGUCCUCACAACUACCUGACCUAUGUCGAGGCCUUCUCCCACCACGCCAUCACAGGACGGGCGUUGCUCCGUUUGAACGGGGAGAAGCUGGAGAGGAUGGGAAUCGUCCAGGAGACGCUGAGGCAAGAAGUCCUCCAACAAGUGCUCCAGCUGCAGGUCAGAGAGGAGGUCCGCAACCUGCAGCUCCUCAGUCGAACCUCAUUUGGAAACUUCUCUUAACUCGUCUCUCUGGAUCCGUUUGGCCCCCCCCCCCCCUUCUCCUUGUGCUCAAUGCAGGGGAAACCACUGUAACAUAGCGAUAAGAUGUAAAGUUCAGAACCAUGGUGAAGAUGUAGACCUGUCACUGGCAUCGCAGCAAGUCUCAUUCGGAUCAGAACACUUAUUUUAUUAUAUUUUUUUGUAUUAUAUUUGUUCGUCUGAGUUCGUUACUCCAAUAACUCUCAUUCCCGAUUUCAUACAACACUUUUCAACUUUGGGUGUGGAAAAACCUCCAGUCGAUCCGGAGUCCCCCUUUUGAUGUGCUACACCGAUCCUGUUCCACAAGGACUGAUCACCGGUACAAUCCUCACCAAUCCUCAUCAAUCCUUCAUCCGGACGCCACAUUUUCCUCUCAGGACUUCAGUUUGAGAAUUAUAGGUUUGGAGGCUCAGAAAUAACAAAUUUAAGCCGAAUGUCAUUCCAACAAUCAGUCUUUUUGUAUUGCGACUGAUCAUCAGUAUAUCAGCAAAAAAUUAUAUAUAUAUACGUAUAUAUAUACUGUAUGAGCGUUGUAGAAUAACAUACACUGUAACAGUAGUAUUUUGUCAAUGAAACGGAUCCAGAGUUAAUGUGAUAAUCACUGACUGUCCAUGCUUCAUGAAGGAACCUUUUAGAUGAUAAUGACUGAAGAGGAGAAGCCCUGUUGUGGAUAAAUUACAGGAGAUCAGAGCACAAGUGACAGAAAUAUAACUUAUUUUCGUUAUAACGGGGGCAGCCUUCGCCUGCUCACCAAACGUAUACUAACAUAGGAACUGAGGAACACCACCAGGCCUCUGAACGGUUUAACCGCCCACUUUCUUCACCACGGUGAUUUUUAGAUGCUCAGAAGUCAAAAACAGACGGCUACACCAGAUGCAAGAGACAAGUAGCAGACAACUAGAUGUAUGAUGCAGAUGUUGCUUCACACACACACAUCAAAUAAAUAAACUUCCAACCUCCCUCCAUCCAUCCCGGCCACAAGGCCUUCUCUGGGCAAUGUGAGUAUUUGACUGUUAAAAGGGUUAAACUGUAUUAUUUUUGGAUUGCCUGAUGAAGUGUAGAUAUGAACACAUUGGGUUUACUAUGUCCAAUGACUGAUGUGCUGUUUGAAAUGCAAGCAGAGGAGAAAUGAAACCUCUUGUAUCUGCUUUACAGAUAUGAUGACAAAUGGACGUGAUGAAAGCUGUCUUUUUAGAAUAAACUAAUUGUGUUGAAUAUUGUAUAUUCCCACAAUGUUGUAUUGUUUGAUCUAUUCUUGGAGCAUUUGACACCAGUUACUCCCACCACAAAUAAGUAUAAAUGAUACAUUUGAGAUGAUCAACUGUAAUUCGAGGCUCUAGCGGGUUAAAAUAUUAAGAAAACACUUAAUGGCAGUGCUAGGUGGAGAGGAAAGUAACCGUUUGCUAACCCGGAGAGCAAGGUGAAAAUAGCACGCUAACUAGCGACUGCCUGGCUACUUAGCUACGUUGCUAAUUCCACCACGCUUUCAUGCAACAAUGUCACCUCCCUGGAGGAAACAAUGUGCUUUUCUACGCCGUGACGAGCGUGCAGGCAUAAAACAUUUAAAGUUGUGAUAUUGUCCUCAUUUUGCAGCUGGCUAGUUAGCUACGUUGCUACUUGCACCACGCAUUCAUGCUACACUGGCUGCAGGAAGCGGACGGCUCGAGGGGAGCAGACAGGAGCUACUGCUAAAACUAAUGUUUUUACUCACACAAAAGCAGUCUGUAUCUUUUAGUGUGUUAUUGUAAUAUGUUUAGCGAGAAUGUGUUUAUUCUUCUUUCUUACACCUCAACACGUAAAAACCGGACCACUUUCAUAUAAUUGGCGGAUAAGUGAUUCAGCACUCAAAGUAUUUUUGGAUAUCUUAUUCUGCAUACUUAUUUCUCUUUCUUCAUUCUGCUGCUUGUUCCUCGAUUUGUCCUUUCUCUCAUUCUACUUUCACCUUUUCAGUUCUACUUCUAGUUAAUAAAUUCCUCUGUUAAUUCA